UGACAAUUUCAAAUUUCAAGGCUCUCAAAUAUUUAUAUCAAUAUUCAGGUCAAUGACUACUUUCCUAUCAGAACCGGUCAUCCUCAUUCGCUAACAGAGUUUCACUCCUAACAAAAGGGGUCAACUAACAUUCUAGCGCUUCAUACAAGAAAAGGAGAGAUGGAAAAUUUGACUCCCAGAUUCAAUUUUUUGUGUUUGAUCUUUUUCUGGACACUCGUACCUCUGUUUCUCAGACGAUCAAUUGCAGGCAACAGCAUAAAAGCAGGGGAACCCAUUAACGAUACCCAAUCAAUUGUUUCAGCCGCCCAGAAGUUUGAAUUGGGAUUCUUCUCUGUGCCCAAAGGCUCCAGUUUCAAGUAUUUAGGAAUAUGGUACAAGAACAUUCCCGAGACAGUCGUUUGGGUGGCAAACAGAGAUAACCCAAUUGUAAACUCCUCUGCGACUCUAAAUUUCAGUGGAGAUGGAAACUUAGUUCUAGUCAAUCAAACAGGUGCGGCUUUUUGGUCUUCAAAUUCGACGAUAUCAGUGAAAACCCCUGUUGCCCAGCUGCUGGAUUCUGGUAAUUUGGUGUUGAAAGAUUCUGGGUCUGAAAUUCCUUUGUGGCAGAGUUUUGAUUAUCCCUCUGAUACUCUGUUACCGGGCAUGAAACUCGGGUGGGAAUCCAAAACGGGUCUGACCCGGAAGUUAACAUCAUGGAGAAGUCCAAACGAUCCAUCGUCCGGAGAAUUCAGUUAUAGCCUGAACACAUAUGGGCUUCCUCAAUUUGUGGUUCGUAAAGGAAACAAGACGAUGUUUAGGGGCUGGCCAUGGUAUGAUCAUGAUUUUGGGCAGGGCUAUGGUAAUGGCUUCACUUAUGAUCUCGUCUACGAUGCUGCUACUGAGAUAUCCUAUUCGUAUAACGAUUCGACGAAUUGGCGUACAAGGAUUGUCAUGGAUUCAGGUGGGUCCGUUCAAAACUAUGAGUGGAGCGAUGUGGAAAAAGAAUGGCACAAAUCAUUCACAUUUGAUGGAGUCGGCUGCAACGACUACGAUUUAUGCGGAAAUUUUGGUGUUUGUAGUUCUGUAGUAACGGCAAGUUGCGGUUGCUUAGAUGGGUUUAAACAAAAAUCAGGCAAAGACAUUUCAUGCGUCAGAAAGGAUCCAGAUAUCUGCAGAGCCGGAGAUGGAUUCAAAAAGAUAAGCAAAGUGAAAUGGCCAGAUUCUACAGGGGAGUUGGUGAAAAUGAAGCUGGGCAUUCAAAAUUGCGGCGCAGAAUGCUUGAAGGAUUGCUCUUGCUUAGCCUAUGGAACACUGGAAUUUCCCAACAUUGGCCUCGGCUGCAUCACUUGGUCUCACAAACUGAUUGAUGUUAGAUUUGUUCCUGAAGUUGGGCUUGGAGAUGAUCUCUACGUGAGAGUUGCCGCUUCAGAAUUUGACAAACUCUGUUUUGAAUUUGUAGAGUCGGCUAACAAAAAGCGUAGAAUUGCGGUGGUUGUGGUUGUGCCAAUCAUAUCAGCAAUAAUCUUUUUGGCCUUAGCCGGCGGUUGGUUUAUCAUUAGGAGAAGAGGUAGAGCUGAUAACGAAGUUGCUGUGACUGAGCCUCCAAUUCAAGAAAAUGAACUUGAGAUGCCUAUUGCUGUUAUUGAAGCUGCGACAGACAAUUUCUCUGCUUCUAAUAAGAUAGGAGAAGGUGGCUUUGGCCCUGUUUAUAAGGGGAAGCUCUCAAGUGGGCAAGAAAUUGCUGUGAAAAAACUGGCAGAAAGUUCUGGGCAAGGGUUGCAGGAGUUCAAAACUGAGGUCCUUUUCAUUUCUCAACUUCAACAUCGGAAUCUUGUUAAGCUUCUUGGCUUUUGCAUCCAAAAUGAAGAAAUUUUACUUAUCUACGAGUACAUGCCAAACAAAAGUUUGGACUGCUUCCUUUUUGAUGACCAAAUGCGUUGUUUACUCAAUUGGACAAUGAGAAUCGAUAUCAUAAUUGGCAUAGCUCGAGGGCUUCUUUAUCUCCAUCGAGAUUCAAGACUUAGAAUAAUACACAGAGAUCUUAAGGUGGCCAAUAUUUUGUUAGAUAAUGAAAUGAAGCCAAAGAUUUCAGAUUUCGGCAUAGCACGCAUGUUUGGUGAAGAUCAAACAGAAACAAAAACAAAGAGAGUUGUUGGGACUUAUGGUUAUAUGUCUCCAGAGUAUGCAAUAGAUGGUUACUUUUCAGUAAAGUCUGACGUUUUCAGCUUCGGAGUCAUGGUUCUAGAAAUAAUCAGUGGCAAGAAGAACAAAGGCUUUUUCCACCCAGAACAUCAACUAAAUCUUCUUGGACAUGCAUGGAAACUUUGGAACGAAGGAAGGGCAUUAGAAUUAAUAGAUGUAAUGUUGGAGGAUCAAUUCCAAGAAUCUGAAGUACUGAGAUGUAUAAACAUCGGGCUUUUAUGUGUCCAAAGACGACCAGAAGAAAGACCAACUAUGUCAACUGUGGUUUCGAUGUUGGAGAAUGAAAACAUGUCGUUAAUACUUCCUGAACGACCAGGAUUCUAUGAGGAAAGGUUUAUAACAUCUGAUAUAGAUUCAUCGUUAGGUGAUCAACUAACUUCAACUUCGAAUAAUGUUACUGUUACAUUGCUAGAUGGUCGUUAGUUGUUUGUUUCUUUUUCCUCUCUGUUUUGGUAUAGGAGGUACUAUAAAUAGAAUGAUUCAACAUUAUUAAAUUGUCUUGUUUUAUUACAUAGUUAAGUUUUU